AUGAAAAGUUGGAAUGGACCCACUGUGUGGGCCUUUCUUGACUAUAUACUGCAGAUAUACGCAGCAUCGAUGAAGCCUUUGGAACUCAAAUGCGAACUGGCGGAAUGUGAGAGCACUUUGCCCCCCCAUCGCUCGAUGGAUGGCCGAUGCUUGGCCAGCUUGCCCAAAGCGGAGCUUCACUUGCACCUGGAAGGCGCCAUGCGUGCUGAGACUCUCACGGAGUUAUGCCGCAAGCACGGAGUGAAGAGACCCAUGGACACGCGUGGCCAACGAUUUGCAGAUUUCUCCCCGUUUGCCAGCUGCUACAUAGCGGUGUGUGAGUGCCUUCGGGAGAAGGCAGACCUCGAGCGCUUGGUGCUAGAGGUGGCUGAGGAUGCCUCAGCAUCAGGUGCCCUUUGGAUAGAGCCUGCGCUUUCAAUCGAUCUGUACGCGGACCAAUUUGGUGGUGUGGAAGCAACUUUGCAUCUCCUCUUCCAAGCAGCAGAAGCGGCAGAAGAGGCCACGCAAGUGGCGAUGGGAUUCAUCGUUGCAGCAGAGCGGCACCUUCCGGUUGCAAGAGCAGAGGCCUUGGCUAAGAAAGUCAGAGAUGUGGUGACAAGUGGAGCUGGAAUCCAUGGCCGUCCUGGAAUUCUUGGCUUCGGCUUGCACUCUGAUGAGGCUAACCAUCCGCCAGAACCUUUUGCAGAAGCCUUUCACCUUGCGUGCAGCGAUUUGGUGGUCCCAUUGCCACACGCAGGGGAGUUCGCCCCCACAGGAGGCGGAGCAAAAAGUGUGAGGUUCUGCGUGGACCAUCUGAAGGCGGUCCGCAUUGCACAUGGAGUGCUGGCCGCUGAGGACCAAGAGCUCGUCGAGCAUUUGGCCAAGCUCCAAGUCUGCUUGGACGUGUGCCCCACCAGCAAUGAACUGCUUGGCGUGAUGCCCGUGACAGAGUCUGCUCUGACGAAGCUCCUUGCAGCUGGUGUGCCUUGCACCAUCAACUCGGAUGAUCCCUUGCUCUUUGGAUCCAGUCUGCUUGGAGAGUUUCGACGCUGCCGAGAUGAGUUAAAGAUGUCAGAUGAGCAGCUGGCAGCCUGUGCGGAUCUGAUCCAAGUGAUCGAAGAAAAGGAGAAUAUCGGUGUCCGACAGGUGCUUGGCCCAAUCGAGGGCCGACGCACCAAGUUGGUCAUUGGCGCAGUCCAGAGCUUGGAGUUGACUGUGAGCCUCAGGUUCAUCGGGAAGCCCCAGAAGAACGAAAAAAUUGCCGAAUUACACAUUCUACUCUAG